UUGACAUUUACGACGAUAAAUCAAUAAAAUGAAAAUGUCAAUAGGAUAGAACUUGCUUUUACAGAAAACGUCAAGUGUCAACAUAAUAGUUAACAGAGGCAGUCUAUUUUUCAUAAUUUUAAUAGUAUUUAGUACUUUACGAUUGAAGCACGGUUCCACUGCGACCCGUCGCUUUUAUCAUCAACUAGUGUUUAUAAACACCUCCCAAAAUGAGAUGGACGGUGCAUAUCGAGGGUGGACCAAUGCGAGUAAAUCAUGCAGCGGUGUGCAUCGGCGAUAAAAUAUAUUCCUUUGGAGGAUAUUGUUCCACUGAAGAAUAUAAAGAUUGGGAGCCAAUACCAGUCCAUGUUUUGGACACAAAUACUAUGAGGUGGGCACCAGUCAACUACAAGAGAACAGAUGUCGCUCCUUUUCAAAGAUACGGCCAUACCACCGUCGCAUAUGGAGACAAGGUGUUCAUGUGGGGAGGCAGAAAUAAUGCUGUGGCAUGUGACACUCUCUCCUGUUUUGAUACAAAAACAUUAGAAUGGACUACGCCGGCGGUCUCGGGCAUGGUUCCUUAUGCCAAAGAUGGGCACUCAGCAUGCGUUAUUGGAAACAAAAUGUACAUUUUCGGGGGGUUUGAGUAUCUUACAGACCAGUAUUCCCAAGAAGUGCACUGUCUAAAUCUUGACACUCUACAAUGGAGUUACAUUGAUGCUCGAGGGACAGCCCCAUCUCACCGUGACUUCCACACGGCUGUCGCUGUGGACAAGAAAAUGUAUAUAUUCGGCGGGAGAGGGGAUUUAAAUAGCCCUUACAACUCACAAGAGGAAAUAUAUUGCCCGCAAGUUUUCUAUUUAGACACGACUGAAGAUAAAUGGGUCGCAAUGAAUCCGGGUGGAACUUGGCCUGAAGGAAGGCGUAGUCACUCGUCUUGGCUUUACAAAGGCUACAUGUAUAUUUUCGGUGGCUUCAACGGUAACUCGAAGACACACUUCAAUGAUCUCUAUCGAUAUUCAAUUAAAGAGAAUAUCUGGCAAUUUAUUAAUGUAGGUGGCUCAGUGCCUUGCAAGCGACGACGACAAGCAUGCCUAAUUCAUAAAGACAUUGUGUAUCUAUUUGGUGGGACAAGUCCCUGUCCUGGUAAUAGUAAUCGUAUCCCAGAGAAUGUGGACAACAAUCCGGAGAGAUUGAUAGACAACAGUGACCUGCAUCUACUAGAUUAUCAACCUUCUCUUAAGACUUUAUGCAUCCUCAAUGUACUACAACACAACCUCGACACUUCAAUACUCCCACGUGAUAUUAUUGUGGAUAUCCGCCUGAUGACUCUGCCAAACCGCAUCAGCAGGCCCAUCAACCAAUCUGGUUGAACAUACUAAGUAUUAUUAGUAAAUGCAGCUAAAUAUAAUUUGGAGCAGCUUCACAUAAAUAUAUUAAAAAUUAUUUAGUUAUUAAUUUAUUAUGGUAUUACAUAUAUACCUGUUUAUAUUAUACUUCGUAAGUUAUAGCAAAAAGAGAAAUACUUUCU